AUGUUGGUAGUACCGGAAGUUCCCCGGGUGAUCCUGGGGCUCAUGACAUUUGGCCCUGAUGAGAAGGCUAUGGCCCGGAUAACAAGCAUCGACGAGUUCAAGAAAUGUCUCGAUCUCUUCAUGAGCAAAGGGCACUUCGAAGUCGACACUGCACGGGUGUACGUUGAUGGGAAACAGGAAGCUUUCACUGCCCAGGCUGGCUGGAAAGAUCGCGGCCUCACGCUGGCGACGAAAUGGUAUCCUCGGACUCCUGGUGAUCACAAGGGGGAGAAGGUCCGGGCCAAACUCGAGGAGUCCCUGAGGGAACUGCAGACGGACUGCGUUGACAUCUUCUAUCUUCAUGCUGCUGACCGAUCUGUGCCAUUUGCAGAAACGCUGGAGGCAGUCAAUCAACUGCACAAGGAAGGAAAAUUUGUCCGGCUUGGAUUGAGCAAUUACACAGCUUUCGAGGUAGCGGAGAUAGUUACGAUGUGCAACGAGCGAGGAUGGGUGCGGCCGACAAUCUACCAGGGCAUGUAUAAUGCUAUCACCCGGUCCAUUGAAGCUGAGCUAAUACCCUGCUGCAAGCGAUAUGGGAUGGACAUUGUUGUCUACAACCCGCUAGCCGGCGGAAUUCUGUCAGGCAAGUAUAAAACGGCAGACGUCCCGGCAGACGGCCGCUACAGCAAUACUCAUUCGGGCGGAGAGCUGUACCGACGCAGAUAUUUCAAGGAUGCCACAUUCGAUGCCCUGAAGAUUAUCGAGCCGGUGGCGGAAAAGCACAAGCUAAGUCUUGUCGAGAUUGCAUUCCGCUGGAUGCUGCACCAUUCUGCUCUGAACAUCAAAGAAGGCAAAGACGGAGUUAUUAUAGGCGUGAGUAGCUAUGAACAGCUUGAGCAGAACCUGGAUGACCUAGAGAAAGGCCCGCUUCCGGAUGAAGUUGUUGCUGCGCUCGACGAGGCUUGGAUGGUUGCGAAGGCUACCACAGCGAAUUAUUGGCAUCUGGACCUGAAAUAUACCUAUGACACACAGGCAGCUCUGUUCAAACCAAAGGAGAGCCACGAUCCGAUGGAACAGGCACAUAUUUCAGGGUCUCGACCGUCGAGUAUCCAUCAGAUUGUUUCUCUCGUCUUGAUAAACGGAUUCUUUUUCUUUUUCUUUUUUUUUUUGUUGUAUAGGGGUUGGAAAAUGGAGCAAGACAAGCACCGGUACCGGUUCCUCAUAAUCAACCCAAACACAUCAGCUCAUAUGACCGAUGCCAUUAAACCGAUAGUCAACGGGGUAAAUUUCAGGGGUAAAUCGGCUGCCGAAAUCUAUAGUGGAGGAAGCGAGCUCUCGGGAGAACUCUCGGCGGUUCGAUUUGACUAUUUUACAGCCCCCACGGAGCCCACUGUCUCAAAAGAAGGGAAUAUCCUGGAAGGCAUACCGAGUAUCAAUAAUGGGAGGCAAUCAGCCCUGUCUGCCGAGCACUGUUUCCCGCAUCUCCGGGAGUUGGUAGGGGAGUAUGACGCCUUCUUGGUCGCCUGCUACUCUCCUCAUCCACUGGUUUCUAUGCUGAGGAGAGCAAUUGGCGAGCGUAACGAGAAGCUCCAACGCGAAUCUACCGAUGGAAAAGCAUCUUUCCAAAGACGGCGACAGUAUGUGACUGGAAUAAUGGAUGCGAGCGUGGAGAUGAGCGCAUAUUUCGCGGGUUUAAACAGCGCGGGCCUCGCUGAGCAGCACGCUCCAGGCAAAUUUGGAAUCGUCACCACGGCAGAUGAGUGGAAGGAAGAGCUUGACAUAGCGGCGAGGGAGAUGCUACAGUCCCGUGGAAGUGAUCCUGAUUUGAUAUUCGCGGGUGUCGAGACAACGGGGCUCACGGCUGGCGAAUUGCACAGCGCUCCAGCAGAGCUGGUCAGGUCCCGCAUCAAGAGCGCGACGGAACGGCUGAAGGACAGCGCAGGCCCGUCGCUGCGGGUGGUUUCUAUGGGGUGCGCAGCCAUGGCAGGGAUGGAAGAAGCUGUUCUUGAGGGCUUCGGCGAGAGUCAGGGAGUUGUUGUAGUCGAUGGAACCGCUGCUGGCGUUGCUGUCUUGCUCGCGCAGUUCCGUCGUACAGCGUGGUGGUUUGCUUGGGUUGACGUUGUUGCUUGCCCGCAGGUUAAAACCGCCGGCGCGUCGCGUUUCUCCAGCGAAAAACCACAACCGCAGAGCGAUGUAAUCAACAGCAAUGCCCAGGUACGCUCUUCAGGCGAUGGAUUUCGGUCUUAUUAUGAACAAUAUACUGACAUUUCUGGUCUCUGCAGGGAAAUAAUCACUAUCCAGGCUGGCCAGUGUGGCAAUAACAUUGGGACGCAGUUCUGGCAGCAACUCUGCCUGGAGCACGGUAUCAACCAGGAUGGAAAUCUAGAGGAGUUUGCUACAGAGGGAGGCGACCGCAAAGACGUGUUUUUCUACCAGGUCCUCAGCGCGAUCCAGAAUGGCCCGUACAGCAACAUAUACAACCCAGAGAACUUCUUUAUAGGCAAAGAUGGCAGUGGUGCGGGCAACAAUUGGGCAGCUGGUUAUGCCACAGGCGACACGGUGCAGGAGGAGAUAUUUGACAUGAUUGACCGAGAAGCAGAUGGCAGUGACUCGCUGGAGGGUUUCAUGCUUCUUCACUCCAUUGCAGGUGGAACAGGUUCUGGCCUCGGAAGUUAUAUUCUCGAGCGAAUGAACGACCGAUUUCCAAAGAAACUGAUCCAGACAUACUCCGUCUUCCCUGACACGCAGGCUGCAGAUGUUGUCGUCAACCCGUAUAACAGCCUGUUGACUAUGAGAAGGCUUACGCAAAAUGCAGAUUCAGUCGUAAGUUUGCAACGGCCUAUCAACAGCUAUCUCAAAAUGCAGACACGGCAUCAGACAGGCAACUAA